GUAUGUCGAACACACGGUCUCUGCACACGUUCAUUCAGCCCAUGUGUGUAUGAUGGUGUGUGUGUAUUGCUAGGCACAGACGCAUCAUCUGCAGCAAUGCCAUUAAUGUUCACACGAGCGGCCUUCCUGCCACGGCACAAAAGGAGUCAGCAGCUAUCAGCAGCGCAACCGGUGAAAUGUGCAACCGAUCGCUUGUGUGCCGUAGGAGAAGGUCACUCGCACAGACACAAACCAGCACAUCGGAAUCCAAUCGUCCUAUUGAUAUCUCUCUCUCUUCCUGUUACUUCAAACAGCCCCAGCACCUUCUUUCGAGUGCGAAAACAUCCAUCCACUCACCCCAUCCACAGCUGUGUGACAAAAGAAGGGCACCUUCGACCCACGCGACAUUCCGGCGUGACGUGCAAUCCCCUGGGUCUGUUCUCGCAUGCGCCUCGUGCCUGCUGGCGCACAGCCGACCCGAUCCCAUUUGAUGGUUCGGUUGGCCGUCAACAGCACGAUGCGCUAAAAGCAAGGACAGACAGUAGGGGAGACGCAGGCACCAAGGUAGGCAGACCAAUCGACAUCAUUCCAUUCACGUGGGCCGUCGUCUUCUCUUUUCCCCACCACCACCCACCCACCCGGCCAACCCACAAUCACCCUCCUCUCACCUCAUCUCAGGCAUCAGCGACGCAGCAGAUGGUGUGUGUGUCAGCGUCAGUGUGUGGCACACAGGCAUCUGCUGGCGCCGCAUCCAGGGACGUCGGCCAAUUGGUCGACACAGGCAUCCUGUUGCACACACACAGAGAGAAAACAAGAAGGAAUGGAUAGAUGGAUGGAUGGGUGUCGGUGCUCCUCGCUCACCGGUUUGUACGUCGGUGCUGUUCUCGGCUCGGCUAUCGCGCGAGCGGGAUGCGCACGGGGGACUCAUGCAGUCUAUUGAACACAGGCAAGACAGAGAGAAGAAGUGAAGAGAGGAGAUGACCUUCUGUACAGCCCUCCGCCUUCUCAUGCCUUACCCCUUUCCUCCCCUUCACAGGACGAGGGGUGUCGAGAACUCCCGCGAGAGGGCGAACACGUCUUCCAUCUUCCAUCACCUGCGCUGUUGGAUUCUGCUGCCACUGAGUCGGGUUGGUCGACCGCUCCUGUCUGGAGUGGCAGGAAAUGGGUAGGCAUGUGGUGGAGGGGUGGACGGCAUGCGCAGAGGAAGAAAAACGUUCGUUCGAGAAGAAGAAUACGGG